AUGGCAUUAGGACUCUAUGGUUAUUCUACCCAUUUUCGUAUCAUUUUAGUGGCUUUGGUUACUGGUGGUGGAAUAGGGUCAUGUCCUCAAUUGGGGUUGAAGGCGAGGGGAAAUAGUGGUAAGAGGGAGACAGGUUUUCAAAAGUUGAGAGUAGGAUCAUGGAACAUAGGGUCGCUUAUAGGGAAGUCCAUAGAGCUAGUGAAGAGUCUUGAGAGGAGAAAGAUUAAUAUAGAUUGUGUUCAGGAGACUAGAUGGGUAGGUUUCAAAGCUCGGGAUGUGGACGGAUUUGAAUUAUGGUACUCAGGAGGCUCAAGAGAUAGGAAUGGAGUAGGUAUUCUAGUCGAUGUGGAUCUUAGGGAGUGUGUGGUGGAGCUAAAGAGGAUCAGUGAUAGGAUGAUGUUUAUUAAGCUAGUUAUAGGUAGGCUUAUUGUGAACGUUGUUGGUGCGUAUGCACCCCAUGUGGGCCUGAAUGAAGAAGUCAAAAGGCUCUUUUGGAAGGAUUUGGAUGAGGUACUAAGAGAUAUACCGAGUACCAAAAAUAUUUUCAUUGGUGGAUAUUUUAGUGAUCAUAUCAGUACAACUUCUAAUGGUUUUGAUGAUGUCCAUGGAGGCUUUGGGUUUAGGGAAAGGAAUGGCGACGGGAUAUCUCUUCUGGAGUUUGCUAAAGCUUUUGAGUUGGUUAUUGCUAACUCGUGUUUUCUGAAGAGGGAUGAUCAAUUGGUCACCUUUAGUAGCACGGUAGCUAAGACUCAGAUUGAAUACUUACUCUUCUGGAAGAGUGAUAGAGGCCUUUGUAAGGAUUGCAAGGUUAUUUCGAAUGAAAAUGUUACUACCCAACAUAAGCUUUUGGUGAUGGACUUGGAGAUUAAGAGGGUUAGGAGAAAGAAGACCCUUUAUGACCAAUCGAGGAAUAGAUGGGGGGCCUAA